AUGGAAGUGGACAAACAGACAUUCAUCCCAGGCAGAACGAAGCUGGCCCCCGGGGAGACUCUAUCACCCGACCCAUCAACUUACGAUAUGCUUCAUACUCUCAGCACACCCUGGCCGUGUCUAUCAUUCGACAUUGUCAGAGAUAGCUUGGGUGAUAAUCGAAAAUUAUACCCUGCCACCGUGUAUGCAGUUGCUGGUACACAAGCAGACUCGAGAAGGGCGAAGGAAAACGAGCUUAUGGUACUCAAAUUAAGCGGGCUAAGUAGAAUGGAACGCGAACGUAACGAGGACUCAGAUGACGAAUCCGACUCGGACGAUGAUUCCUCUUCAGAUCCUAUACUCGAGUCGAAGUCGAUACCUCUCAAUUUCACAACUAACCGGAUUCGGUCACACCAGACACCACAUGCCUCCGGAGACCCCACAAAGCCUCCUCAGACCCUUGCAGCAUGCAUGUUAGAGAAUACACAGAUUGUUAUCCAUGAUGUGUCGCAGCAUCUAGCCAGUUUUGACAAUCCAGGCUUGAUAAUUCCUCCAUCGGCAGCCAAACCACUGUCCACGCUACGGAUGCAUAAAUCGGAAGGAUAUGCACUCGAUUGGUCCCCUCUUUACCCUCUAGGGAAGCUUCUUACAGGUGACAAUGAUGGUCUGAUAUACGUCACCACUCGGUCUGAGGGUGGUGGGUGGGUUACUGACUCCCGGCCAUUUGUCGGACAUUCAUCAUCCGUCGAAGAAAUUCAAUGGUCACCCAACGAGAAGAAUGUGUUUGCAUCUGCCAGCAGCGAUGGAACUGUGAAAGUGUGGGAUGUCCGGUCUAAAUCUCGGAAGCCAGCAGUUGACGUGAAGAUCUCAAAUACAGACAUUAAUGUGAUGAGUUGGUCUAAGCAGACUUUCCAUCUCCUCGCUACGGGUGCCGAUGAUGGCCAGUGGGGUGUUUGGGAUUUGAGGCAGUGGAAACCUGAACCUUCGAAUAGCGGUUCUUCUCAGAUUAAGGCAGAGGCUGUCGCUUCAUUCGAUUUCCAUACGGAGCCAAUCACCAGUAUUGAAUGGCAUCCAACGGACGACAGCGUUGUCGCUGUGAGCUCCGCGGACAACACCCUUACGCUGUGGGAUCUUGCAGUUGAGCUGGACGAUGAGGAGUCACGAGAGGAAGCUGGCUUAGCUGAUGUUCCAUCUCAACUACUGUUCGUACAUUAUAUGGAGUUAGUGAAGGAGUUGCAUUGGCAGGAGCAGAUGCCGGGUACAAUCAUGGCUACUGGAGGUAAUGGUUUUGGUGUCUUUAAAACUAUCAGCGUUUAG